UUCACAUCUUAAAUACAUUCAUAGAUUAAUAGAGGUAUUAUAAAAAAUAGGUUUAUAACAGUAAGACAGACAUAUGAUACUUAUAAAAUAUGGAAAAAUGGACCAUCGUACUUGCAAUAUUCUUCUUCAACCACAGUUCGGCGACUUCAAUAACAGAGAAACUUCCGCGUGAAGAGUUCUCCAAAUUCCCGCUUUUUCGACAUCUGGACCGGUUCACGCCAUGCGUGGAGUUGAAGGGAGGUGCGUACUGCAGCACCAACUUCCAUCUUGUAGCCGCCGGUCACAACGAGCUGUACGAGAAAAUAGAGAAUAUAACCACAUCGGCGGUGAGACAUUACAAUUACCGGAAUCCGCAUUACGGAUACUGCGUCACGCAGCGCUGCAAGCAGUUCUACAAGGGGGACUCUGAUUUGGAACUGCUGGAGGCGAUGGGCGCGUGCCUCAACCAUACCCUGGAGCGGGAGUACGGGCUGCGCGCGCGCAUCAACUACAGCACGUGCUACCGGCACGGGGAGCGCAAGCACCGGGUCACGUGGCUGGACUGCGCUGCUGCCGUGUUCUUCCUCACGAUCUUUGCGUCUGUUGUAGCUGGCACCUCAUAUGAUAUCUUCGCCACAAAUAAGGAUCCAAACUGUUACUUGACGUGUUUCUCCCUGCCGGCCAACUGGGCGCAGCUGAAGGCACCCUGGCCGAGUGACAAGAUGACAGCUCGACUCGUUGGAAUCAAUGGCAUGAGAGCAAUUACUUCGAUAAUGGUGGUUUAUACACACGCGGCUCUUGGCAUCGGCCUCACUCUUGAAAAUCCGUAUGAAUUAGAACAAAUAAUGGAGUCAUUCAGUUUCCGGCUCAUGGGACACACGCACAUCGCAAUGCAGACCUUCUUUGUCUUUUCGGGAAUGUUCAUGACAUACUCUCUCCAAAUAUCAAAUGAGAGGAACCCCUUGACGUUGCGGUCGCUGCCGAAGGCAAUAUUCUUCAGAUGGUACAGGUUGGCACCCGUGUACCUAGCCACGAUAUUGUUCAGUGCAACGUGGUACAAGUUCUUACCCUAUGGACCCUUCUGGCAGGAGCUGGUAAACGACGAGGUCCACGACUGCCAGGCGCACUGGAGCUCCAUGUUCUUCUUCUAUUCCAAUUACCAGUACGGAAGCCAAUGCAACCCGCAUCACUGGUCCACAGCCCUGGACUUUCACAUGCACAUCUUGGGCUUGCUAGUGAUGCUGAUUCCGUCAGAGAAGAUGAGGAAUACGGCGCUCUUCCUUCUCUGCGCAAUCGGUAUAGUGGUACCUGGCAUCGAGGUUUACUUGAGGGACAUUGAUGGCGUGAUACUACCGUCUGGAAAAACCAUGCAAAGUCUUAGGACAUUUGACAAAUACGAAGUGUUCAACUACAUACACAAGCGCACGCACAACAACAUACCAGUUUUCAUCAUUGGCAUGGCGUUCGGAUUGUUCCUGUACAAGUUCAUGAAGAACCCCGUCGAUACCACUAAAUAUAAGAAAUACGCCCCCCUAUACUGGCUGACGUUCCCCCUGAUGAUGGGGAUGUUGAGCCUAAAUUCGUCGCUAUUCCUGAAGGAAGGCGGGCGGGCAUCCCUCCCCACCAGGCUGUUCUACGCCAUGGUCCCCAAGAGCCUGUGGGGGUUGUUGAUUCUAACCACCAUAUUCGGGAUGAUAUGUAAAGUGGAGAACGUAUACCGUCGUAUCCUGGAGUGGCCGGGCUGGGUGUCCCUGGUGCGGCUGACCUACUGCACCUACAACGUGCACAUGACCAUCAUACGCUGGCUGUACGCAGAGGACACGCAGCUGACAUUCGUCUCCGAGCUGCAUCUGGUAACCAAAUCGAUGGGCGUCAUCGUGUUGACAUUCAUCCUGUCGACAUUCGUGUGGUUGUUCGUAGAGGCGCCCUUGAACAAUCUCCUCAAAAGGUUUUUAGGAAAGAAAUCCAUUCUUCAAGUUGAAAGUGAUAAAAAUAAAUCAGAAUAAAGUCGAAGAGAGAGACAUUAAAUAUUUUCAUAAAAUGUUUAUUUGAUUGUAUCAUUUAUCUAAUUAAAAUUGCUUAUAAUGUCUUCAAUUGUUACAAAAAAACGAAAUUGUGCUAAGCUUUGAGGUGUAUUAAAGUUUAAAAAUAUUUAAAAAGCGUGCAUGGAAGCGGAUGACGGAAUUGUGUGAAAUAAAUACGAUACCCA